AUGGCUGUCGGAUCAAAGAUACGUAGGGACGACGAAGACGACGAGAACGACGAAGACGACGAGGACGAUAAUAAGAGCGGCCACUCCGACGAAGAUGUCAGCGACUCGGAGCUCAGCGACGGACAAAGCGAGACAACAGACAAGGUCCAAGACGCAAGUACACUGCAGAAUCAAGUGAUCGUCCUCAGCCCAGCACUGAGCCAGCUUCUCGAAUUGCUAUUCAAGCUGUGUAUUACAUUCUGUACCGAAGACUUCGCCGACGGCUAUCCCAGCUCAACCCAUCUCGUGUACUUCAGUGGUAUUCUUAGCAUCAACCCAGACGGCAGAGGCUUUCGCACAGCAAAGCUUUAUACACCAUUCCUUUCAGCCUUGAUCUACAACCAGCGACUUCUCUUCCUAGAAUAUGCCCUACCUCUUCGAGCAUAUGAGCAUAUUGGGAUUCCCCGGCGACCGCGACAUCGGCAAUUCGAGCGGCUCGAUACAGUACGGCAUAGGUAUAUGCUUACUAAGUCGAUGACGCCCCUGACCGAGAUGCUAAGCCUUCGUGACUACGGAAGAGUGAUCGCUAGGACAGACACCCCGUCAUUCUUUCUCCACUGGAGCGACGAUCUCCAAACGGUAUCAUACGGGGACUCAUUUACCAUCACUAUGGACACCUUCCGACAGUUAUCAGAGCACUUCAUCGGGCACGCAGAGGAGCUCUGCGAGCAGCUCAUGCUUGGUCUCCAGGUGGACGUUCAUCUUGAGAGAGUCAAAGACGACCUCGUCAAUGCGAAAGAUGGGUUCAGUUUCAUCAGCCACCCGCAUAACAAACUGUCCCACGCCUAUGCCCAGCUACUUAAACAGGCCUGCACUCCGUAUUCCGGACUGUUCGACGAGAGCCACGGGACAUGGAAAGCUACCGCAGUCGCCCGCUACCAGAAGACAGCAGAGAGGCUGCUCGAGUUCCUUGCAGGUUGUUUCCAUACGACAAGCGGCCAGACUGGUCGGUCAUCGGAGCUCUUCAGCCUUACAUACCAGAACAGCGCUUUCGGCGAACGCGGACUAUACAUCCACAAUGGCUCAGUCAUGACGCUCACACGGCAUCACAAAGCAAAGCGUUCAACCAAUUGAGAAUUCAACGUUGUACGCUUCCUUCCUCUCCGAGUCGGCCGGGUUAUAUUUCGAUACCUUGUCUACAUCCGUCCUUUCCUUACAACGCUUGGUAAAGAGCCGGUCU